AGGAGCGCCUGUCAGCUCUUUGGCGAGGGGACUACGGCGGCGUAAAAGCAACACCCGUCCGCGGCGCUUCGUUCCGGAGCGCGAGCAGACCAGACGCGGGCUACGCGCGCGCAACCGGCACAAAGGCGACGAUUUCUGAGCGUGCGGUCGUUGCGCGGUCUGUCCUAACGGGGGGAGAGAGGACAUUUCCACAGCGGCGACCGAGCGAUUUCCGAGACGGAAAUCCAGAAAUAAUGCGUUAUUAAGGACACCCCCGAGGCUCGACACAAUUCCAUUCUUUUUUCUGGCCGACUUAACAUAGGGUUUGUCCCUAAAAUCUUCACUGAAAGACAAACAGGCAUGAAGUCUUAUGCCCACAGCACCUGAAACAAGCUCAUAUAAGAAAGAGGUGAUGGAGGACCCCUACAAGGACUCACUAUCAGUAGACAUGGCAAACCCUCAGGAGGUGUGCAGCAGCUCAGUAAGCAGAGGCGAUGGCGUUGGUAAGCUCGAAAACGAGGCCGCGCCGCUAAUCCCGAACGAGACAUGGAACCUCGCUUCUCCUGCCAUCACUAAGAGGUCUCUCUCCCCCCUAUUGACCAUUCAGACCACCCCUGUUGUGGCCCCAACAACAGAGUCGCCUGGAGGGGUUGCCCUUAAGGUGGCAACCACGGUCCUUCAGCCCAUCUGCUUGGGAGAGAGCCCCGUCGUGCUGCCCAUCUUAGCUGGUACGGCAGCCCCACAGGUGGGGCAGACCGGGACCACCCCAUACCUAAUGACAAGCCAGGGUCCCCUCUCCCUUCCCCUGGUCCUGGAACAGCAGGUGCUUCAGCACCUGAACCCCCAGCUGCUCCAGCAGGCCAUCACCUGCCCUGCCCUCUCUGUGCAGAACAACAUGCUCUGCCAGAACCCUUCGCUCGCUCUUGGGCCUCCCCCUGCCUUGGAGCAGAAAGCUGCAGGUCCAGUACUGGAUGCCAGUCUCCUGACUCUUCUUCAGAACCCAAGUUUUGCUGCCAUCUUGCAGGACCUUUUUCCAGGUCAGGGGAAUACUCCUCCUAGCUGUCAUGCAGCAGCCUCCCCGCCCUCGGACCCCUUCUCCCCCACAUUCCUCCCCUCCUCUCCACUUUCACAUCCCUAUGGUUCGCCGCUUGCUCCCCUGGUGCCUCCAGCCACCCUGCUAGUACCCUAUCCAGUUGUCAUUCCUCUUCCCGUGCCUCUUCCAAUCCCAAUUCCCAUCCCAGUCCCAGUCUCAGCAUGCAAGGAUAGCAAGAUUGACUUAGCGCCCCCCAAGCACACUUGCUCUUCAAGUAAGGCCACUCAGACCUCCACUCAAGACAUCUUCCCUUCUGUGGUGAUGCCCAGCAAGGAGAUGGCAGUCCCUCAGGCACCUCCUUCCUCGCCUUCAUCACUAGUGGUGACAGAUGGAGAAGUGCUAGACUUGUCCCUCAAGGCUCCCCAUCCUCAACAGCUGCAUGCACAGGAGAUCCACUUCCAGCAGGACAGUGUCCUUGACCUAUCCAUGCCCAAUGAGAGAAAGACAUGCAUCCAGUCAUGUAGUGUCUAUGGAUCGCCAAUGCAUGAGCGGGAACGAGUCCGUAUCUCUGGAGAAGAUGUCAAUAAUGGGGCUUUGGCUCUGGGGGUCCUGCGGCCAGUAGACUGCACACCCAAACUGGACUCCAAGCUCCUAAGUGGUCUGGCGUCUCUGGAGUUUAGCCGCCAGCACAAAUGGGUGAUGGACAGUGGUGGUAAUGGUUCCGUUGGCUCAGUCCACGACGCUGCUCUGGCAGGCAGCGGAAACAUUGAGAUCGUCAGCACCUCGCAGACGGCAAAGGUCAUCGUGUCUGUGAAGGACGCGAUGCCUGCCAUCUUCUGUGGAAAACUCAAAGGUCUGUCGGGUGUCUCCACAAAAAACUUUUCUAUCAAGUGUGAUGCCAGCCAAGGGGGUUAUGCUGCCCUGCCCAGACCCCAGGGGGAGCAGCACGGAGACCCCAGUGACACACUUAAGAAAAUCCCCAAAAACAGAGGCAUCAAAUUAAAAAAGGUCAGCUCCCAGGAGAUCCACAUCCUGCCUAUAAAGAAGCAGCGGCUGGCUGCCUUCCUGCCGAGGAAAUAACAGGAGCUCUGGAAGGGAUGGUAUGAGAGAGGGGAGCAGCUGAGGAACUUGGACAGAAAGAAAGAAAUACAGAGCAUGCAAAAUCCUGAAGGAAAGUGAGAGAGAAAGAGACAGUCAGGAGGAAUGAGGGUUUGUUGAGGCUAAAGGCAUUUCUGGCAGAAACAAGACCUAGACGCUCCCUGCGCUGUCCAGACGAUUUAGGAUGAUGCUGGCUGCCCCUGGUCUCCCAGUUUGCAUUUGAUCCAUUCAUUAUAAAGCAAUCAGAGAGAUCCUUAAGUGGCUGAGUCAACAGGAUAUAAAAUGCUUAGGGUAUAAGGGGCUUAAAAUGACAGACUGCAGCACUACUGAAUGAAUCAAUCACAUUUCCACAUCUAAUUUCCCUCGAAAACCAGUGCACUGUGUCUGAUAUGCAUUUUGAUUUUGGUCACACACCCUCAUGAAUUAUUCAUAAGACUUCGCUAAUCUAAAUGCUCAUUAAUAUGCAGGAGCCCAGUUCUGAGAUUUUGCCAGCUGCCAGAAAGAGAUCACUUCUGGAUUCCUCAUAGAGACAUGAUGUGUAGAAUUGGCUGAUGUGUAAAAUUCAUGUCUAACUGUUAAGUACAUGGCAAACGCUCCCUCUCAAUUUCAGUUUGCUGUCAGUUUUUGCACAGGAUGUUCCUGAUCUUUUGUUCUCACAUGAACCUUAUGAGAGCAAAUCUCCUUAUUCAAUUGGGGUAGUGUGCUCUUUGACCUCUGUGCCUUCCCCCUUAGCAGGUAAUAGCUGUGUUAAUCAGUGGCUCAGCGAAGCAGAGCCUUUCAUGGGGAGCGAUGGGUGGGGCUUGGGUUAGCGGUUAGCGCAGCAGGCUAAUAAAGACUUGGCAAAGUGCAGGCGUCCGUUUCGUUAACUGGUGAUCGCAGAAAUGGUUGUCCGUGGCAACAAGCACAAAUUUGUCCUCCUUCUUUCUGGGAGGAGAGGAAAGAGAGAAAAACAGUUUUCCACUGCUUACUCCAUCCGAAAUAAAGCAAAAAUUAUGAGACAGGGGUGCAAAAGGAACAGCAGAUCCAGUUAAAACGGUUUAUUAUUAUUAUUAUGUUCCUUGUUUGGGCCUUACUUUUGUCUUUUUCUAAAAAAAAAACCUUUUUAAAUAAACAAUCUUUCAGAGAGAAAGAAAUUCCAACAGUUCUUCAGACAAUGUAAAGUAAUAAAAAAAUGUAUGUACAAUAAUUUUAGACUAGCCUAACUGGGGGUACCAACCAGUGGUAUUUUUAAUUAUUAUUUAAAGUAAUUGCAGCAUGUUUGUUUCUAAAAAUUGGGUGGGUGGUGGAUGGGUAUUGACAGCCAAUAAAUCAAGUUAUUUGAAAUGUAUUUCAGAUCCCCUCACCACCCCCUGUACUUAAACAGCCCCACUCUCGACAGUACUGAUUUUCUUUCCUGCAGCUUUGUGAUUGGGAGAAGAAAAUUAAAUCCAGA